GCCAGCAUCACGUCAAUUGCGAAAUGGAGACGUCAAGGUGCGACUGGCAAGAUAUGUCAACUGACUGGGAUAUGAGGCACCAUGGCUUGUCUAAUCCUCGUUCACGAUGUUGACCACUCCUUUUUGAUCGAUCUGGCCGCCAGCAUAACGGGCUAUGCUCUACAACCAAGGAACUACCAAUUGAGCAGCGGCGUCCGCCCGAGUUCUAUCGUAGCAUAUGACAGGAAAUACGUUCCGUCUUCGGAUGUGCGGCUCAUCAAGACCCGUACCAACACGCCAGUCUUGAGCAUCAACCUGAGAUGCCUAGACACCGUUAAGCAACAAUGCAUAGAUCACGAUGGAACUGUCGACGCUUUCGAGCACGAGUACCUAUUCGUCAAGGGAAAAUUCCACCGAAAAGAAUUUUGUCGAUUUCUGUCGUUUGUCACUGGACAAUCUGACCCGUUUUCUCAUAUCAGGGGGAAGAAGAGAUCAGUGUACAUUGGUCUGACCUAUCCAAACGUCCGCGUCGCCUUAUCCAAUAUGACCAUUGUGUCUGUGGGAGCAGAUGCGCUCGAGCUGAGGGUCGAUCUCCUUCACGAAGAAGGCCAAGAGGGAACUCUUCCAUCGCUGGAUUACGUUGCUGAACAGUUAAUGACCCUGAGGCUUCAGUCGGAACUACCGAUCAUUUUUUGUAUUCGAUUGAUACCAUCAGGCGGAAAAUGGCCCCUGAGCGAAAUGCCUCUUGCGAUAACGUACCUUCAAAAGGCACUGCAGUGGGGUGUUGAGUUUAUCGACCUAGAAGAUCUGUUCAGUAAUGAACUAAGAGCCUCACUUCUGCCUCGCAAGGGACACACCAAGGUCAUCGCUUCCCACCACGACUUUUCGGGACAACUGGACUGGACGUCUCCGGAGACAUUAGAUAUAUACAGAACCUGUUCCGAAUUCGGAGAUGUGGUCCAGAUUGCAGGCGUGGCUACGGAUCUCAGCGAGACAUUUGAAGUUCAACGAUUCUGUGGCAAGGUCGUGCGUGCUUCUAGCUCGUCAAGCCCUCCUCUAACCGCUUUCAAUACCGGACGAGGCGGAAAACUCUCUAGGAUUCUCAAUCCUUUCCUUCAAGCAACGACACACCCGCUGCUGCCGACUAGCAGUGCUCCAAAUCAGCUAUCGUUAGUUGAAGUCAAUGGGGUCCUUGCGGUUCUGGGCGAGAUUGUUCCCAAGAAAAUCUACGUCUUCCAAGACCCCGAUAUUGAUGCUGCACUCAUAGACAAGUGCUUCAAUGAGUUGAAUUUGCCUCAUCAAGCUGUGCCACUAAGCCCGAGGCAGGAUUCAAGUGUCCAGUUGCUCCUGAACGAGGUAGAUUGCGGUGGGGCAGUCUUUGACUUCUCAUCUACCUUCUCAAACCAAUUAGUCCUAGCAUCUCGCAGUCCCGAGGCCAUUCUCACUGGGUCAGUGGACACUAUCAGCAUAGAAGACGGUCGCCUUAUGGGGCACAGCUGUCUUUCCCUGGGGAUUAGAUCGCUGCUGGUUCAGGAACAUUCCCCUUCCGCUAUCAAAGGGCAAGAUGUGCUUGUAAUUGGCCGUUCAUUUACUGAAGCAUCCUGCGUUGUCUCCGCAUUGCUCUCGCUAGAAUGCGGACAAAUAUUUACACUCGGCUUUUCAGUGCCGCCCGAAAUUACAGAAAAGGCAGUAACGUGUACGACAACCGAAUUCGAAGAUGCUCUUACAUCUGUGGGAGUUUUCUCCACCUUAUCAACGCAGGAUCGGAGCUUCCUGGCCCCUCUCCUAGGUCUCAUUUCCAACCGACACGCCAAGAGCAAGACCCAAGCAUUAGUAUACAUGGACACCCAUGGUUUUCAGAAAGAUGCAGCGGUGGGGGUUGCGCGAGCGGCGGGAUGGAGCACCAUUAUGAAGGAGGACAUCUCCGCUGCAGUUCUGGCGGCGAGACUGAGGGUCCUUGUCGACCAGUCGAUUCACCCUGAUUUUCUCAGAAUGGCGGCAUCUCAGUACAUAAUGAGAUAUAUCCUGGUGAGCCAGGUUUUCUAG